GCUGCCCGGCGCGGACGGGGCGGCGGCAGGACCGGGAGAGCUCGGCUGGGCGCCCGGGAGCGGGGCCGGGGCCGGGGCCGCCCCGCGCCGGGAGAGAAAGAUUUUUCAAGAGGUUCAGUCACUGCCAGCGCAACUUCAGGGAGCAACUUCUCUCCUGCCUGCGUGCCGCAGACCUGCCAGAGGCCCAGACCUCCCUCAUCUACGGACAACUUCUGCUGGUUAAUUUAACUCCGUUCAGCUGGCUUUGGUUCACCUGGCCAGUUCUUCAGACAGAGACUGUCUCUGAUUCUGAGACGAACCCCUGAGCAACAAGGACCUAUUCCCUGUGCAGUGCCUAAAAUACCAUCAGGAAACAAGCCUUUGCUCUAGAGACUGUAAUAUGCUUUUUCCACCCAUGCUGCUUCAGCACAUUGUCUGGAAAAGCAGCUGAUGAGAUGGCACACAGCACUGAGGUCCAGCCAAGCUUUGAGGACAUUUUUAAUAUUCUUUCUCAGAUCCCUAAAGAUAGACUCCUUACCCUCAAAUAUAACCUGAAGCACUUGGUAUCUAAGCCCAGCAGCAAAUUAUUGCAAGCCAUGGUCCUGCUUACUUUGGGGCAAGAAGCAGAUGCAAGAAUUUGUCUGGAUACUUUGAGGAAUAACCAGGCAGCUCUACAUAUCCACAGGACCAGACUGGGCACUGCGGGAGUGCAGGAAGACGGUGAGGAUUUGCAGCCCCCCCAGCUGGAUGCAGAUGCCAAGGUGCUUCUGGCACGGAUCUACUCACUGCUGGUAGAUGAAAAAUUGUGUAGUCAGGAAGCCAUGGUCAGAGCCUACCAGAUGGCCAUUGAGGCCUGUGGCACCAACAGGAACCCGCAACAGGAAUCACUGAAGAGCAUCCUGGCUGAGGCCCAGGAAAAAUGUGGCGCUGCUACUGGCUUUGUGGGCUCAGGUGGCAGGUUCCAGAUGAUAUCGGACAGGGGACUUCUCCCGACUGCUAGCCCAAACUUUGUGGUGCGAAGUUCCCCAGUGCAGAUUGGAAGCGUGUCGGACCUUUCAGGGCCACGGACCUUGCAUUCCUUGGGGAGUCCAGCUUCUUUCAUCAGUUGCUUUGAGAUCAGUGAGUCACCAACAGCUGUUUUUCGCACCAGGUCUCCUCACUGUAGUGAUGUCCGCCAGCCAAGCCGGCAGUGUGGAGAGCCCACAGGCUGUGCUGGAGAUCCUGCCGGGAACAGCAAGAGCCACAGCCUGCAGGAAACAAGCUGGGCCAACUGCCCCAGUUCACAUCCCGCACAGGGCACAACUGCCCGUGUCCCCGGACUAGAGGCAGCUCUGCAAGCCAGUUCCUGUCAUCCAUCUCUCCAUACUCCAGAAACCCAGCUUCCUACACCGAGUGCUGUGAACCAACCUGUCGAAAGUAGUGAUGUUUCCAGCACAAUAACAGCAGAAACUCAGGCACAAAAGCAAGAGGACUUACCUACAGGUCUUCCUGAUUCAAGCGCUACAGCGUAUGCUGGUCCCAUCCACGCGUCUAUAGAGGAUGUUCCAGCAGGCACAUCUUUCCACCCUGCAACUCCUACUUCAGCCCAUUCCCUUCCUCCUCAUACUUCUUCCUUCUCCUCAGCCCCUCCUCUUCAGGCAGCUCCUCCCAACUUUGCAUAUCCCCCUUCCCUCCACUCAUCCUCCUUUCCAUCCUGCCCUCCUCCUGUCCAAACUGCAGAAGCAGCCUCCACAUCGGAACCAGACAGCGAGGAGAAAAAGUUCUUCACUUUUGUUGUCCUGCAUGCUAGCGAAGAUGUGGACAUUGCCUGUCGGGUCAAGAAGCUGCUGGAAAGCAUGGGGGUUUCAAAUGGCGCCACGUUCUGCGAGGACUUCCUCACUGGUGGGCGCGGCCAGCUGUCCUGCUUCCAAGACGCUAUGGAAAACUCUGCUUUCACCAUCCUUUUGCUGACCAAGAACUUCCUCUGCCAGCUGUGCAUGUUUCAAACAAACUCGGCUCUGAUGGAGUCCAUCUUGCGACCAUCCAAGCACAACUCAGUCAUCCCUUUUGUACCCAGAGAGAACCCCUUGGAGAGGAGACAGAUUCCUGCCCUACUGAGUGGCUUGGUGUCCUUGGAUGAGAACUCUCCUGUGUUCUCCAGGACAGUAAAGAACACUUUUAUGCCGAGCAAGAUCAGUGAGCUGAAAGCCAUGUGGAAACAGAUACAGCAACUCCGGGAGCAGAAAAGGAAACUGCAGCUGUAUCAGGAUCAUUGUCAAACACUGAAGAACUUAGCUGAGCUGAACCUUGCCUCCCUUCCCCAGGUGCCUUUGUCAGCACCACAGCCAAAUCUGGGAAGCUUACAGCAGCUUUUGGAGCAGCUCAUGUCUCACCAGUCACCCCAACAGUGCCAUUUUCCUAUGUCUGUCCCUCCUGCCACAUACCCUCCUCCCUCUGCCGGUCACUCCAUGCCUGCUCAGCUGUGUCCCUCUCCUUCCCAAACAUUUUAUCUCCCAUCAGGCCACCACAAUAUGAUGCAAGGUCCAGGAGGUGCUCAGAACCUCAUCAUUCAGCAUGCUCGAAUGGUACAGAUUGGGAACCACAACAUGAUGCACGUGCAGACUGCCACAGCAGGUCCAGAGGACAGUGAAGAAGAAACCAGUGAAAAGCCUUGAUCAGAGAAGUGGAACUUCAGUUAGGGCCAGAGACAGUCACACUUAAUUCCUAAGCUAAAUAACAACAAAUCUCCUGGGACUGGGACUGUUCUUAUUAUUUCACUGUGAAUAAAACAAGGUGCCACUUUCUUGGAGCAGAGGAGAAAAUGACUUCUCUUCCGCUGGACAACAGAGUUUGCAGUAUCCUGAGACUGUUUUCCUUGUGCUUAUUUUCAAGUAACUGCAAAAACUAUUUUGAUUC